AUGCCUACUACAACCAGAGCCCAAGCGCACCGGCAGUCCCUCGGCGACAUCACCUCUGAUCGCGAUGUCGAUGACGAAGGCUCCAGCUCCGAGCCCGAGACGGAUUCAGAUUCCUCCCUCAUGGACGACGAUGACCCUUCAGUCGUCCGAUCCCCCUCACGACUGAUCUACAGGAUCGACAGGCUCUCCGCUGACGCCCGCCUGCGCGUCCGCGAGGCCUUUAGGGACCCGCCCCGUCUCUCCCUGCAGUACAGUCGCCUCCGGGACGAUGUUUACGCCUUUCAGAUGACUGAGAUGGUGCCCCGCUCCAUCCGCAUAGGAGCCCCCGACAGCCCUUUCGCAACGCCCCGUUGCUCUUGUUAUGAGCAACAGCAGAAGAAUGGCGUCCCUUGCAAACACCUGCUCUGGCUUUUGGACCAGCUCGUCAAUCAGACACUGUACGAUCAUGACCCGACCUCUCCACUGACCAUGACCACGGAAGGCUACCCGGAGGAGAUCGGCGAUCCCUUCUCGACCAUCUCGGACUUCCACCUGGACGUCCUGGCAGACGGCCUCCGCUGCGAUGUCGUGACUCCAGACUCGGAGAAGGAGGGCUCAGAGGACUCCGGCUUUGACCCUGACUCUGACGGCGACACAGAGGAGCACCCAAACCCGCACCGUGUCCAGGAGGCCCGCGAACUUCUCUCUGCUGUUGCCGCUUGCUCCCCGGAAGGCUACCGCCCAGAUCUCUCCUCUAACCCGCCGCACACGGGCAAGAAGCGCGUGAAGCGCCACGACCUUGAGGGCACAAUAUUCCGUAUGCUCCUCGACAACAACGAGUUCUUCCACUACUUCCUCUCCCAGACACGCUCCACCGACCCCGUGAACGAUCCCUUCCGCAAGCUCGCCCGGCGCGUCGACCGUGUCCUGCGUAAGCUGGACACCUGGGCUUCCUCCUCCUCCUCUUCCUCCUCACUAUCACCCCCGACCGCAGGAGCAUCAGCGGAAGGCCCUCCCGAUGUGGCCUGGGCCGCCCGUCACAUCACUGGCGUCGUUGGCCUUAUCCGCACCGCAAUAUUCAAGCGCGACCGGCCCCUGGAACCCCGGGAGCGCACCAGCGCCGCCCGCGCCCUCGUCCACAUUCUCGCCGACGUUGUCGAUCGCAACCGCGACUUCGUGGGCCCCCGGGGGACCGCGACGGCCGCCGCGGCAUCCCGCCGGGACCGGAACCUCUACCUCCGUCUCGUGGGCGACCGUGACGAUGACUUCGUCCUCGGCGUCCUAAAUCUCCUGCCGCCCGACGCCGCCGCCCAGUUCCUGCAUAGCCUCGAGGACAUCUUGGACCGGCUAGGCAUCAACGGCGCGCCGGCCUCGUACGUUGUAAAGUUCCGCUCUCUCAUCUCUCGUCUGAGGAGGGCUGGUGGCGGCAACGGCGGCAACGAUGAUGGCGCCUCCUCCUCGACAGGUGCGGGCUCAAAGCGUCAAGGCCAAGGCCACGGGUAUGGCCGGGGAUCCAAGAGGACGAAGUGA